CAGAGGAGGCACCGCUGUUUUAUUAACACAAAACAAGGCAUGAGAGUAAAGACGCACAACAGAGCGCUGAGAACGCUGCGUCCAGAGAGCGAAAGAGUUCCUGAUGGAGGCUUCACACUCAGGUUCAUAGUGAUGACGCUUGGCUAUGAACAGGUUCCCAUCACUCUGAUAUUCAGAAGGAUUAUUUUACUUGUCAGAUGAUCGUUGACGCCGGUCUACCUCAACAGCUCCUGUUGGCACACUACCUCUAACCCCCCUCCAACAUGAGCCAGGACAGGGAGAGAGACGGGCCCGAAGGAAGCCAGAACCCUGGACCCAGACAGGCCUCCAACGUCAAACCCAGGCUCGGCCAGAAAGACAGUAACAGCAAGGAGGCGCAGCGGAGCAACCAGAAACCGGCCAAGGUGAGGAGGUCCAGGAGCACCGACUCAGACCGGGGGGAGAGGGGGAGGAGGAGCGAACGGGACAGGGCCCAGGGGGACAGGAGGCAGCGUGGACGGAGCGAGGAGUCCCGGCGGCGCCACAGCAGAGAGAGGAGCAGCCACCAGAGGAGGCCGCAGGCCCCCGAGGACGACGUGGAGGACACGGAGUGCGCCGUGUGCUUCUGCACCUACGACAACACCUUCAAAACGCCCAAGCUGCUGGCGUGCGGUCACACCUUCUGCCUGGAGUGCCUCGCUCGCAUCAACGUGACCUCUCCGGAGCUCAAGAGCCUGUCCUGCCCCGUGUGCCGCGAGCUGACCCGGCUGCCGCACGGCCAGGACCUGCCCCGCCUGGACAACAACCAGGACAUCAUCGGCAAGCUGCCGCCGGACAUGCACAAGGCGCUGUCCAUCCGCUUCAAGCGCGGCAAAGGCAAACUGCUGCUGAAGAACCCGCCCCCCGGCAGCCCCAUCAAGGCCGGCGUCUUCGCGCUGCCCAAGAAGAGCCCCGGCGCCCAGGACGCGGCCGGCGGCGGCGUGAGCCUCAGCGCGCUGGAGCAGGGCUUCAACCCGACCACCGUGGUGGACGUGGGCCGGCCUCCCAGCAGGGUGCGCGGCCGCCUGCGCAGGCUGUUCCGCUCGGACCGGUGCUACUACGCGGUGGUGGCCACCAUCAUCACCAUCACCGUGGCGCUCAUGCUGGUGGGGAUCCUGGCCUUCGUCAUCGUGCCCAACGUGGUCAUUUACCGGAGGCCGCAGAACGAGACGGCGCACAGCGGAGACUGAGCGUGAGAGACGCGCUGCAGGCGGCGUUUUUAGGACAGAGGGACCGCAAACGCCACACAGAGGCUCAGUGCCUUAAAGGGAGAAGUAUGCACGGGCUCAGAAUGAAGGAAAACAAGGACGACGGCAUUCUUUAAGGGACAAACAGGUUUGAAGUUGCAUGUGCAGGUGUGGGGCAGUCACAUGAAGGCUGGUUGUUAUCUUUGUGAUCUGUUGCUGACGUGUUUGUGAUUACUGUGAACGCCGGACGCUGUACAGAAUGUGUAAAAAGAUGUUGAUGGAUUAAUAAGAUGUAAAUGUUCAGAUGCACUAAACUCUGCGAUGAAAGCUCA